UGCUCAUCCACCAGCCGCCAGCUUCACCAGCCUCCCCCCGGAACUCUCGAUUUCCUCCACGCACCCACGAUAUCUCGCCCCUUUGCGAAUCCACACCCACCACUCCGUCAUCUCUAUUGAUUCCCGACCGAAUGCGUCCUUGAACGGCGCUGGCAGCCCACAACUCGAGCCCCAGCCGGUGGUGAUUCUCUGGCAUCAUGUCGUUUCUUUUCGGGAAGAAGAACAAGCAGCAACAGCAGCAGCAGCAGCAGCAGCAGCAACAGGGCAAUGCGCUACCUCCCGCCUCACGAAAUAUAUCUUCGUCCCACGGCCAGGGAUCGCAAAUUCCCACGACCAAUGGAGCUAGCAGCAGCGAACAAGAAAAAAGUCGCGGCGGCCCUCCAAGGGAAACCCCUACUCCGGGUACCAGCGUGAAUAACUCUCUCAGCUCGCUGCGAGACCCAGCUAUCACCUCAAGCCCUGAGCCGAAAACGUUACGAGAUAGAGCCGAUUCAGAUCAUCAGAACCCAAGAGGACCCCGAAAUCCACAAGACUCGCCGUAUCCUUGGUCCUCCCGUCGUCUGAACUUCACCACUUCCGCGAACCCAUUCCCUCGGUAUGGCGCCGCCAUCAAUGCGACCGCCUCCAAAGAUGGAGUUCUAUACAUUAUGGGUGGCCUCGUUGCCGGCUCCACCGUUAAGGGAGAUCUAUGGGUGACCGAAAUGGGCAAUGGCAGCUUGCAAUGUUACCCGAUCUCGACGAGCGGCGACGGCCCCGGUCCGAGAGUCGGCCACUCGAGUCUCCUCGUCGGGAAUGCCUUCAUCGUAUUCGGCGGCGACACGAAGUUGGAAGACAAUGAUGAUUUGGACGAUACCCUAUACCUUUUAAAUACCUCUACGAAGCAUUGGUCGAGAGCACUACCGCAAGGUCCUAGACCAACAGGCCGCUACGGCCAUACACUGAAUAUACUUGGAUCCAAGAUUUACAUCUUUGGUGGCCAAGUGGAGGGCUUCUUCUUCAACGAUUUGGUUGCAUUCGACUUGAAUUCGUUGCAGUCUUCUUCUAGCCGGUGGGAGGUACUUUUACCUAACACUAAAGAAGGCGAAGUGUCUCUACCGCAGGGUCGCUCGCCGCCGCCGCGUACCAAUCACUCUGUCGUCACAUGGAACGAUAAGCUCUAUCUCUUUGGCGGUACUGACGGAAACGUCUGGUUCAACGAUGUUUGGACCUACGAACCUAGAACCAAUUCGUGGACUGAACUGGACUGUAUAGGCUACAUCCCAGUCGCACGCGAAGGUCAUUCGGCGGCAUUGGUCAACGACACAAUGUACAUUUUCGGAGGAAGGACCCAAGAAGGAGUCGAUCUCGGCGACCUUGCAGCAUUCCGAAUUUCCUCUCGUCGAUGGUACAUGUUCCAAAACAUGGGCCAUUCACCUUCUGCGCGUUCCGGGCACAGCAUGACUUCGUUUGGCAAACACGUUAUUGUUCUGGCUGGUGAGCCCAGCUCAUCAGCGAGUGACAGAAACGAGCUCAGUAUGGCUUACAUUCUCGACACUUCGAAGAUCAGAUACCCUCCGAACGAAAACGCACCUGUGCAGCAGCAAGGGGGCGGUUCCCGAAAAAUGAGUGGGGAGAGGAGCAACAUACCCCAAGGCAAGGCAGGUUCACCACCGACGCGAGAAAGUGUGAUGCCCGCGCCUGGGUCGUCGCGCGCUCCCGAACAAGGCCCGGGAGGUUCACGUCUCCCACGUGUAGCCAGCCAGGCACCCCCAGGCCCUCCGCCACUACAAAUGCCUCCCCAGCCAAGAGCCAAUGGACCUGGAUCGGCCGGCCCUGGUUCAGGAAACGUCCCGAGGAACAAAACUCCUACUAAAGAUACUCGCGCUUACGGACCACCCAUCGACACAAGAGGUGGCUCCUUCGAACGAGAGAACAUUUCUCCAAUCGUGAGAGAGAGUCCCUCCGCCGGUGCUUCAGCUGGGCACGCGAUGGUCAAUGGUCAACGAAAACCGUCUGACCCAACAAAUCAGAACCGCGAACCCAAGGGAUCCAUGGACACAUCAAGAUCAGGAAGUCUCGCCUCGCGAAACACAUCCAGGUCGCACCGACAGCAACACUCGCUGGAGAGCCUUGAGCAAGAAACCCCAAGACGUUCCAUAGAAGCUCAACAGCGUGCAUUGAGCCGCGAAACCGAUCAACGGCCGAUUGAUAGUGGUGUCGGCGCAUCGCCAGCCCUAACGCAACAAAACGACGAGCUAGCACGUGAACUAGAAGCCGCGAAAAGUCGAAAUGCGUGGUAUGCAUCUGAACUUGCAUUGGCUCGAAAAGCGGGUUAUAAUGCCGGCACCUCGACAAGCCCUAUCCUGGACGAGAGAGCGGCCGACAUUUUCGGUGACGAUGACCGACCUCUGAUCGAGGCUUUGCUCAAGAUGAAGAACGAGCUCGAACGAGUCCAAACCUCAAUAAAGACUCAGGGAGACGAUGCCGCGAAACGGAUUGCCGAGGUAGAAAGACAGCGUGACGCAGCCAUCGGCGAAGCCAUCUAUGCCAAAGCUAAGUUGGCUGCCCAUGGCGGUGGAAGCCAAGGUGGCACGCCUCAACCUGACGGCGUUCGAAGCACAGCUACACCUGAUAUGGAUCGUGUUGCCGAUAUCAAUCGCCGACUUGCGGCAUCGUUGCACUCUCAAUCUGAGCUGUCAACAAAAUUGGAUAGGAUCACGUUAGAGAUCGAAGGCGAACGGAAAGCUAAGCAGCUGGCAGAGGAAACUGCCGAAGCGGCUCAACGCCGCGUCCAAGAGCUCGACACCUCCCACCAAAAGCACGCAGCCGAGUUGGAGAGCUUACGUGCAGAAUUGCACGAGGCAGAACGAUUGGCGAGAGAGUCAUCGGCAAAUGCGACCGAGGCUGAGGCGUCGUCUAAGCUGUUGGCCGUUGAUAAGAACGAGUUGAGUGCACGUUUUGCAAAGGUUUCCGAGGAAUCCAGAAAUCACGCUGCCAUACUGCAGUCAUUACGCGAUGCCGUCACUGCAUCCUCCGAAAAGUCCAGCUUCCUAGAAAAGAAACUGGAAGAAGAGAGAUCGGAAAGGGACCAUCUAGGACAGAAGCUUGCUCAGCUACGCGCAGAACAUGAGGAUCGAACAACAGAACUUGAAUCGGCAUCACGAAAGUUGCGAGACGCUGAAGAGCUUGCCGAGAAGUAUGCUGAAGAGUCUCGACUUCACCAGCAAGCUGUGCUCUCCGGUCUCGGUAAAAUCGCCGAGCGCGAUGACGACGAACACGAGGCGAUGGACGAACGUGUCACUAUCCUGCAGCAACAAGUCGAGGCUGCCAAUGGCAUGAUUCGUAAGAAUCAGGCUGCGGCAGAUCAGGCAUCUGAGAAGCUCCGCCGUGCCGAGGAAAGGAUCGCUGGUUUGGAAGCCUACCAAGAACAGUCCAGCCGUGAAGGCUUGACUAUUCGCAAGCAACUUCAGCAGUCGAUGCGGGACAUCCAAAACUCACAUGCUGAGAAGGCUGAAUUGCAUCAACAAUGCGAGCGUUUGCGCCUCGAAAGCAAUGCUUUCGAAGUGCAACUGAAAACCCUCAAGAACCUCCUAGAAGAACGAGGCGUCAACCCAGUCGAUGCACGACGGUCCCGAGUUCUCGACAGCCCUGGUUCCAGAUUCGGUACUCCUGAACUCAACCGUGUUCGCGAGCUCGAACAGCAAAUUGACAACAUGACCAAAGCCCACGAGGAGCUACGGGGUGUUUUUGAGCAACGUGAACACGAAGUCAGUAAGGACUGGGAGGAUAAACUACAGGCUCUCCACAACGAUCAUCAGGCGGCUGUCAAAUAUUUGCGAGGCACAGAGAAGAUGCUCACCAAGAUGAAGCAGGAGCUCGACAGAUACAAGGAGAAGAGUUCACGACUUGAGGAGGAGCUCAACCAGACGAAACAGGCUGCUCAGAACUCCGACCGAUCAGCAGAAUGGGAGGCAGAGCGAGCUUCCCUCCGUUCGGAGUUGUCGACAGCUCAGGAUAACAUGAAGUCUACCGUGGCUCGUUUGGAGGGUCAGCUCGCGACGGUACAAAAGGAACUAGCUGCUGCUCAAGGGGAAAUCGAAGCGGCUACAAAGAAGAUGCGAGAAGCAGAAUCAUCAGCCGAACUUUCUCGUGCUGAUCUUGAUACUUUGCGCCAGCAGAACGAGAGCCUCGAAGAGCGAGCUAAGGAGGCAGAGCAGCGUGUCCAGGUCUUCCUUGACCAAUUCGAGACAUCGGUGGACAACUAUCGCCGCCAGUCUCAGGUUUCUGUCCCAGAAAUGAACGGAGCACAGCUGCGACACCGUACUCACGACAGCGUAGCGUCCGGGGAAUCACUGUACAGUGGUAACGACGGAUCCAGCACACCCGACGCGAAUGGACCUGGCUCUUCAGCUACACGCAAUUCCAUGGCCCUCGACAACCUGGCUUCCGAGCUUGACGCCCUACGAAGCCACUGGGAAACGACCAACAAGGCCUACCGUCUUAGCGACCGAUUUGAUUUCGAGCGUACCCCAAAUAGCGAUAAGAACGAGCUCAGCGACUCGCUUGCGCAAUGGCGGAAGCGCAUGGACACAGAAGAUAACGAACAUGAUGGCAUUAUGAAGGAAAACAAGGCCGGGCAACCACAAUCUUCCAGCACAACACCCACCACCGCAACGGCACCUGCCGGCCCCACUAUGAUAUGAGCUCUUGACGUGUUGAAACGUUGAUACUUCCAAGUUUGGCGUCGGCGUUUUGAUUUUGUUCUUCUCUCACUCCGUUAGCACAGUUCUGAAAAGCGAGGCCUUGCGCAAGUCUCUACC